AUGGAAAGGUUUAAUUACAAGGAGAAUGGUGAAGAUCAGUCGUCUGCUAAUUUUUUCGAUAAGGUGGUUAAUGUGCAAAUCUCCUAUAACCAGUAUAUCUUUAAUGCUUCUUUGGUUUAUGCUUCCUCCACUAGAACUGGUCGUGUCCCUCUUUGGGAUUGCUUAACUGAUUUUGCACAUAAUAUUGAUGGUCCUUGGCUCCAAAAUAUGUGGAUUAAGCAUGCUGGGUUUUUGAAUGCUGUGUCUGACAAUUGGAAUGCUUUGGUUUUUCCUGACAAUAAUAUUCAAGGCAUGGCUAGAUUGUGGGCUAAAUUAAGUAGAUUGAAACAGCUUUCGAGAUGGUGGAAUAAACAUGUUUUUAAAAAUAUCUUUGAAAAUAUUAAGGAGGCUGAAAAUAAAGUCUUACUUGCGGAUAGACUUUUUCUUGAAGAUCCUUAUUCUGAAAAUCUGUCUAAUCUUGAUAACAGUAAACUUCAUCUUUUUAAUUUGCAAAACCAGGAAGAAAUCUUUUGGAAGCGGAAGGCUUCUAACUCUAUUUUGUUGGAAGGUGAUAGUAAUACUUCCUUUUUCCAUGCUUUAGUUAACAAGAACAGAAUUAAAAGCUAUAUUCACAAGCUUGUUGAUGAGCAUGGUGUUGUUUAUGAUAAUGGUGAUACCAUUGUUAAUUCGGGAGUGGACUAUUUCAAUAAUAUUUUUAAUGCUAUCAAGCCUGUUUCUUACAUUGUUAACACUAAUGUGAUUCCUAAUAUUUUGGAUGAGAAUGAUAAUAGUUUUCUUACCCAAUUACCCUCUGAAGACGAGAUUUGGAACACUAUCAAAGGCAUGAAUGAAGAGUCGGUGGCUCGGCCGGAUGAGUAUACUACAAAUUUUUUUGUUAAAACUUGGGACAUUAUUAAAUCUGAUGUGGUGGAUCCUGCUCAGGAGUUUUUCAAUGGUUUUUCUUAA